ACUAGCCGGUACAAACUGCACUGUACACGUACACUGCUAUAGCGCUAGUAUAGUACUAGACCAAAUGCAUUCUGUCUGCGCUGCAGCACGACAGUGAGCUACUAGCUACUAGCUACUUUCUGGAGCAGCUUUACUGUAUCUACUGUUAACCCAAGCAACAUAAAAAGGCGUGUCCAGCUCAAACGGUUCCUCUACUACUGCUGGUGGUAUGGCAGAACCUAACCAGCACUUGAUACCACCCUCUGCUACCAUAACAAAAUCCCCCGAGGACGUUGCUGGUGAUGGUCACCCCCUGAGUGACCCCAACAGCUCGUUCACCGUCCUCGAGUAUUCUUCUAGUCCCUCGCAUGCCGCUGAGGCUCGGAAACGCAGUGGACCACACCCACCUCCAGAUCCAGAUAACCUAUGGCCACUUGAAGAGGUGGACCAUGGUCGUCGCUCACUGCGCACUAAGACAAUCAGCAUCAUGAAUGGUCUAAAGCUUCGGCUCAAAGGUCGGACCACCCUCAUUGCUGCUUACACAUAUGCCUUGUUCCCACGCAUGGAUAAGUGUGUACCUGUGGAUUGGAAAAUUCUCGUCACUGACGAUGUGCAGAGUCAGCACAUUCGUUGCCACCCGUUACAAGAUGGAGACGAGCUGUCUAUGUUAGUAUCCAACUUCAAAGAGCAGCAUGCCAAAGCUGUGAUCCUCGUCAACACACAAGACAACUACUCAAUUGCCCCUCAGUUCUUGAAAGGUAUGAAGAAGAGUAGCAUCCCAAUAGUAGUCAUCACUCAGUGUGACGGUGCCAGCCUCUUGGCCAGCCUGGAAACACAUGGUGACGAUGUCCAAGCCCGAUUGGACGCUGAGAGUGAUGUGGACGCCCUCGUUGGAGGAGGGCAAGAAGAGUCCUCCCUUACCUCUAGACAAUCCCCCGGUCCAACUAGGAAAAAGUCUGAUAAAGAAGGACCAGGUAUGAAGCAGAGGUUGAAAGGUUUGUUUGGUAGUGACAAAGGUUCGACAGUGGAUCUGGGGGCAGAGCUGAAAAAGCUUAUGUUCACUGUGGACAAGAAGCCAGCGCUUAUAUCCGACGAUCCAGCCAAGUUCAUUAUGGUGAUGUCCAUCCUCACAAACUACGAGAAACAGGCAAAAGAGGACGGUAAUCACACCACGGUCAAAGAAACUCUGAAGAAGAUAAAACCACAUAUAGACGAGCUAUUUUACAAGGACCUUCCCUUCUACCUAGUAUUUGCCUAUCGUCUUCACAUCCGAUCCACCUUUUACCAGUGUGAAGAGAUGGGACCAUUUAUCAUAGCGUGCUUGAAUAAGAUUGAGAGCUUACAAAUCCAACAGCUAGCCCAGACAAUAAACGACUUCGCUAAAAGGGGAGACUUUGAAGUAAUGUGUGGCACUACAAAGGAGGAAGAAAGUGUGGGCAUGUUCUGGUUCAUGGAGUGUGCUUGUCAGGCGUUGUCGGAGGUCUCUCAAAAUCUAAACAACCGAGCCUCUGUUCAGAGUCAGAGUCAAGGACCUGCAACCAACGUGAGACCGGUCCAUCCCAACUUCUGCUACACUAGAAUGAUGUGGUUGUCAAUGGCUCUCAAGUUUCACUGUGAGCGGACCCAAAUUACCAGAUCAACCCCCCGACUUUGGUAUGACAGGUUUAUCAACUACCAUCCUCGUAUCGUCCUCACCGACGCUAUGAUCAGAGAUUUGGUGGAUGGAUUGGAUUUUGGACGUCUCCUAUAUCUACCAAAGGAGGUUCAUUUCAGUUUUCAUCACAUGACAGAUUUAGUUGUGUCAGAAAGAUGCAUUCGACCGUUCAAACAUAUUCGGCACUUUCUUCGCUCCAUGGAGCAGUUUCUUGAGACAGAGGAUGAACUGUUCCACAUACUCACUCAGAUCAGGGCCACGUACACCUCCAAGAUAAAGGAACCAGGUUUCUCUAUGUCCAACGUCAGCCUUCUUGGAACACUGGCUGACACCAUCACUGAGGCUCUCAAUUUUCUAGACUUCUUGUUGGGUGUCUGGGACAAACGCAAGUUCAGAGAUGUGUCUAUCGACUCUGAGUGUACCAACUGGCUGCAGCUGCUCCUGGGGUUGGUGGAAAUCACUCGGGACCACUCCCACACACUUCUCAACAGUUUUUUCAGGAAAAAUGGCGUCUGCAAAAAGUAUCGAAGACUCAUUGUCAAACAAGUUCUUGAUACCACUCACCAACACUUCGACAAACUGAGUAUUCAACAAUUCUUCACUCUGUACAAGGCCUUCAGAAUCUGGCCCAACAAGUUUCUUGGUGAGUACUUGGAAUCGUACAACGUUCCUAUAAACACCAAGAUCAACGACGGUACGUGCAAAGAAUUUUUUGGAGAGGUGGUGGAUAGGUUUCCCGCUGCACAUGAGCACUACUAUCUUCUCGGCUUCCUCAUGAAGAUUUCUGAGCGUUAUCGUGAAGAUAACUGUGCAAUGAACUUUGUCCUGGACCUCGUUAAACUGGGAGUGCCAAAGUUGCUCGGAGCACCUGAUCAGGGAAGCUCUGAAGACGCUGACAUUGAACGAGCUAUGGAGAUACAGAAGAAGUUCACCGUCAUGCUCAGAAACUACAUACGUGGGAACGCCCUCAAGCAAACCAUUCUCCAGCAGAUGACCGAGAUACUGAAUGCCAUCUCUGAUGAGAGGGACGAGUUCCAACAGCUCAUUCUGAGAGUCCUCUAUCAAGAAGUGAUCCCUGAGUUCAAGGUUCUUCAAGACCUUGAGUCCAACACCGAAACAACCGGUCGAAUGUUCAGAGCCAUCAUUAAGUACUCCAUUGACUACCUCUGCAAGUCACUCAGCUGGCUGCAAGCUCUCACAGCUAAACAAACCUUUUGUUGGGGACUUGUUGCUUCCUCUUCAUCUCGUGUGCAUGUGACUGCUGAGAAUUUUGAUUGGCUCCACAACUAUUCGUAUGUGAUAUCUGAGCUGGGAAAGCUGUUUAAUACCUACUGCACUGGGAAGAAGCUCUCUGAAAAUCAAAGUGUGAUCGUUAACAGUCUCCCUAGUGACAUCGCUAUGAGUCGUUGCGAUGAUGUCACACGUUACUUUGAAUGGAUUAGCACAAUUCAAGGCAUCUUUCAAACCUGGAAAAGAAAAUUGGAAUCUCAUGAUGUUAACUAUGACGAGAUCCUGACGUAUGCCUCCUGCCACAUUGAGAUAGAGAGGCUCUGCCAAACACUGUGCUCCACAAUUCUCAUCAUAGACUUCCAAAUAAUCCAGACAGUAAAGAACACUUUUCUGACAGAUUUUGAGCUGUUGAAUGCCUACCUCCUCCGUUACAUACCACAACAUCCUGAUGCAAAGUGGUGUAACUUUCUCGUCAUUUUGAAAGAGUAUGGAGUGACCCUCCCACAACACCUCCUCACACCUAUUGAGAGAUACGUUGUCUUCCCUGACGAUAAGAGCAGAUCAAAAGACGAGCUUCUCAAACAUCCUGUUCCAGCAGGGACACACGGUCAGUUCCAACCCGGCAGCAAUGAGUUAUCGCUUCGUCUAACCAAUGAGUUCACUCUAAAAGAACUUUCUGAAAUGAUACAAGGAAUAGGAGAAUUUCAAGAUACCCUAAUUGAACAUAUGGAUAUGCUCAUCUUUUUCAAGCUAAACCACAGCGUAAUGUUUGACAAGUACCUCCGAGUGGAGAUUGGGCAAGCUAUCGAUUCGGAAACAGAACAAGCCAAACUACAAUCUGUCUUUGAACCCCCUAGUCUAUCAAUGUUCAAAUUCUCUUCUCCUCGAAGUAUGUUCUUGUCUUCGGCAAAACCAAAGAAAAAGAAAGAAGGUGUGUCAGUUGAUAUGUUGCAGAAAUCACUCCAGAACACAAGUGAAUUGCUCAUGAAGAUUAUGAGGGGAGAGGCUGCUUAUGCUGACAUCAUUGCACAGGGUAAACUGGACCUUGAAACCCUCGAUAUAGAAAAUGAAUUCACAACUCUCAAAAGCUACUUCUUGACCUUGAAUAUCACUCAGUCAGAAUCUGAAGGGCUCGCUGGUGUUCGAAGUUUACUAGAACUGUUCCAAUACACCAAGCACAUACAGAAGAUACAAGAUGCAUGUGAGCAGUAUCAUUUGGAUGGGUGUCUGCAAGACUCAGAGCUGGAAGUAAUUAAAUUCCUCGUCAGAGAUGUCGAAUCCGAAGGCAACCGCUCGAAGUUAACCCCAAUCGACGCCAGUCAGAGAAUGGAGCGAAUCAAAACACUUCUCUGUCUUGCACCUGAUCCUAAUUCCAAAGUGAAACCUCGAGAUAAUUGCUUGGAAGUUUUCCCUGCAGUAGCUAACAGUGCUGAGUUUUAUCAAUUUAUUCGAGACAAACAAUUUUACGGACAGAAGGGACAGAUCACUUUCCAUCAGCAGUACCAGCUAAUCACGGCUCAGUUGCAGCAUGAGGAGUACGAUGAAUCUGUUCUGAACCAUCUUCUGGCAGCCUUCAAUGUCAUGACGCCAUUCUUGGACCAGAAGCAGAGUUUCAAGGAGCUUAUGACCAAAGUAACUCGUCUUGAUACGACCAUUGGGCUAAAGCAGCUGGAGACUGUCAACAGCAACAUCACCCUCAUUAGACUCUGGUUCUCAAGAGCUGAGGGAGACACCCUCCAGAACGUUGCCAUGGAACUAGACAAAGUCAUGGAUACUGGUUACUACUCAUUCAAACUACCCACGGACGGAGAGGCUCAAAUGACCCUAGAGUACAUACCCUCCAGUAUUCAAACCUCGAACACUUUCGAAGAGGGUGUAGAUGGCGGAACGACUGUCCGUAGUCGUUCAUCCUCCUCCCAGAUCUCUAAACUAGAGACACAGACUAGUGACUUGGAACGGGGUAUGAGUAAGAGGUCCAAACCGGAGCAGUGGAACUCAGAGCAAAUUGGUGACUUUGUGCGUAAGCUUGGCUUUAUGGACACUGAGAGAGAAGGAGGAGAGAAGAUCAAGCACUUCCGACAUAUUAGCUCCAUUGCCUACCGACUACUGGAGUUGUACGGACAACUGAAAGACCUCGGAAACCCUCUCUACUUUAAGGGCACAGCGGAACCACUCUUCUGUGACGUUGAACGUACCACUGCAGACUAUCGAGUGAGAGAAACAGAGGUCAAUCUUGAGAGCUGGAAGAAACGAGUUACUGAGCUACGAAGUAACUACGACUGGUUGCUGUUUUUUAGCAUACAGAAGAUUCUGAGAUUGUACAAACUGGUGUCCGUGUGUGAGGGACGACAUGAGCAGCUACACGAGAUUGUGGCUGAGAUAAGCUUCCUCUGUCAAAAUGACGAGGCAACCAGGCAGAACUUGAAGCAACGCGUGAAGAAAGAGUUGAUAAACUGCCAGAAAGAUGUACAGAAUGAAGAGCCUCCGAUGCACACCAUUGGUCAAUUCCUUGAUGUUCUAUUCUACGAGCACCCCCUCCCCAGACGCUCUGACUCCGCCCCCCUCCUCCGAACUCGUAGCCUCACAAGUUUCUCCCUCUCCCACGACUUCACUCAGCUGCUCCACUACUGUCCUCGCUACUCACAGAGUCAGCUGAUUCAGAUGCUUAUCGGGAUAUGCUCUGGAGUGCCUGAGGCAUUCGAGGUGUUUCGUUGUCGGGCAUCUACAACCGAAGAUGAGCUCACACUGUUCUUGAAGAGGGCUGCCAGACACUCACUACGCUCUAUUGUGUUGGAGGUCAACAAACUGCCCUUCAAACUACAGGAGAGUCUAAUGCAGCUGCACCUGCUAGUGCAGACCACGCAGGGCCAGGAGGAUAAUCCCGAGGAACUGACCACUCUUGCUGCCGCUCGUGCUUCUCCUUGCAUCCACUUCAUUGAGACUGAGCCCUCAGUGCUCAGAGACGUUCCCUGGAUACAACUUAGGGAGCACAAAGAACCCACUGUGACCUUUGAGGAUGCACAGAAAGUGUGCCAUGCUCGAGUGCUACUACCGGAAGACUAUACGUGCAUACAGCUGGUGGUGGGGGCAGCAGGUGAUGGUAAGACGCAUUACAUUAAGGAACAGCUGGAGAAUAGCGAUGCCCAGCUGACCAUCGCCGUGAACGAGGCCUUCACUCCCCUCAAGGCCAUCACAAAGCUGUGCAGUCUCCCCAUCAAUGUGUGGAGGGCAGCUAUCUUCUUCAACUUUACGAUGCUCUCUCCAGGGGACUUAGUAGACGAGAGCGAGUGGGGGCGGUACAAUCAGCUGAUGGAGGUGAUUGGUUGGUUCUUCUUUGACCUGCUCAUCCUUGGUUAUGUGGAAGACCCAGUCACUGGAAAAUCUUUCCGAGUACCUGGUGGACUUCAGUGGGCCAUCUAUAUCGAGGUUCCGUCCAGAGAAAAAAACAUGAGUCCCGGAGAAGCACUCAAACAGUUUCGAGAGGAGGUGCCGACGCUGGGGUUGCUAGGCAAACAGCACCUUAUCCGCUCAGAUAAGCCGUACAGUGUGGACGAUGAUGUGCAGCUGGUGUGCAAGUAUCUGCAGGCAUACGAGAAGGGAAUGAAAGAGAAAGGGACUAAAGGCAUCGACAGGCUCUACCGAGAAAGCGGUAGCCUGGUUAAGUUCAGCAAGGACCCCGACCUCCUCCCUCACCAGUGCCAGGAGCUACUUCGGGUGUACAUGCCCGAACACAUCCGCUCCACCAAGAUCACUCAGAGACUAUUUGUCAAGUACAUGAAGCGUCGCUGUGAGUUCCUCGACAGUCUUCCAGCAUUCAACUACAACACAGGGGGUGGGGAGUAUCUGGUUAACGAGCAUGGGCAGAAGGUGCUUACCAUCACCCAGCAACUCGGCUCCACCCUCAUGAGAACUAUGCUUAAGGAGGUCAGCGAUUUCUGUGACCCCAAGAUUAAAGACAAUUGGUCAAUGGAACCCCAUCAACAGUUGAUCUACGACUACAAGGAUUGUGGAUCGAGUUUUGGGCUCAUCUCUCUUCAUCCCGAGCAGCUGCCGGAGCCAGAGAAGGAGGCGUUCAGAAAGAUUGGUAUCAAGAUACCAUCCAUGACAGAUCUGUUCUCCCGAGACAUACUGGAUGGUCUUCUCUCUCGAGCUCUCAACAUUCAGCUGGAGAACAAUCGUUUGGUGGCCAUCGAUGACUCCGCCUAUGUCCUCACCCUCGACUACACCAUAAAGAUGCUCAAUAUCCAUGAGCGCUACGAAUGUGGCGUUCCGGUGAUUAUCGAAGGGGAGACAGGGGUAGGCAAGACAGCUCUGAUUGAGAUGCUGUCAAAGUUGUGGAACCAGUCGCUGCUGCUAGAGUGGAAGAAACAACGAGACAGGGUGGUGGAGUUCUUCGUACGCACAAUGGGAGAGAUAUCCAUUGGAGCCUCAGAGAGCUAUACGGUAUGUGUCCAGACUGUUCAGUCGAUGAGUGCCGGGCAGUACGUGAGUGAAGACAAGUUGAUUGUGCUCUGUGAACUGUGUGACGGAACCCACCGCCAGCUGUUUGUUGAGGCUCAGUCUUACCUCACCCCAAUGAGAAAUGAUCCAGUAGUGGCCCAGCUUACGCUCAAGGGUACACAGCACAAAUGCAAGGUCUCACUUGAGCAGCUGUUCCUUGAAGCUGACAAGCAGAAGACACCAGAGGCAACUGCCAUGCUUCUCCACGCUGUUCUAUGUGCCCGAAUCAAGCCCACCUUCCACAAGAUCAACGUUCAUGCUGCCAUGACACCCUCAGACAUACAGGAGCAUUUUAAACCUGUGUUCGACCAAGCAAGAGAACUUAGCGACGCCUACAACAAGAGCAAAGAGAGAGCAUACAAAAAAGACUCUGUAGACGAAACUGAUUUCAUUGAUGUCAACUCACCGUUAGCAAGCCAUAGAAGGUCUUCGACCGGAAAGAGGGCAUUAAUAUCUGUUAUGACAACUCUUGUCCCUGGCAUGGGACAUAGUGUGGAGGAAGAAGAAACCAGCAGCAAGAAUUUCACUCAUAGGAUGCCAUCCGUCACCGUGUUUCUGGAUGAGGUGAACACUUCCUCUUGUGUGGGUCUGUUCAAGGAGAUCAUUGUGGACAGGACCUUCGACGGAGAGCCAAUUCCUGAGAACGUUUUCAUAGUGGCUGCGUGUAACCCUCACCGUGGCAACAGCAUGGCAUCAUUAGGUGUGGAGGGUGGCUCCGAAAAGGAGAAGGACAAGUGGGUGAGAGGGACGUACUAUGUUCGCAAGCUACACCCCACUCUCCGAUUUCUCAUGUGGGACUACGGCUCUCUGGAUGAACAUCAGGAGAAGGAGUACAUUAACACCAAGAUGAAGAUGCUCAACAAGGACAUGUCCAACCCUGAGGUGGCCAGUCUAACUGAGUUGAUCGUGGGUAGUCAGAACAGAAUGAGGCAUUACGCUUUCCAACAGAUAUGUGCCAGCAUGAGGGGGGCAACUGAGUCCGUCAAGUACUUGGCUCGUAUUUCCUCUCGUAGCUGUGUCAGUCAGAGGGACAUUCAGCGCGUCUUUACUCUCUACCAAUGGUUUAUGAAGAUCUACAACAAACUGAAACCGCAUGAUCGCUCAGACGGACCGAGACCGUACAUUUGUCGGGACUAUAGUCGCCGAGCAGUGUUAGUAGCCAUGGGUAUAGUGUACUAUAUGAGGCUCAACAACCAAUACCGUCAAGAGUACACACAGUUUCUCGAUAAUGAGUUUCGCCUUCCAAAUGAGGUCACUUUUACCGAAGCUUUUGAGCAGGAGCUCGAUUGGUAUAUUCGACUGGUUGAGUUGCCUAAAGGGAUCGCACGCACAAGAGCUCUCAAGGAGAAUAUCUUUGCUACCAUUGUGUGUACAGUCACGCACACUCCCCUCAUUAUUGUUGGUGCUCCUGGGUCUUCAAAAACACUUUCUUUCAACCAGACCAUUGCAAAUUUGAAAGGGGCCGAGUCUCGACAGAAGAUCUUCCGUGAUACAACGAUUUUUCACUCACUCGAUCCCCACUACUACCAGUGCUCUCGACGUACAACGUCCAAUGAAAUCCAGACUGUGUUUUCCCGGGCAAUCAACCGCCAAAGAAGCCACGCUCAAUUCAACCUGCCGAUCUACUGUGUGGUGUUUAUGGACGAGGCAGGCCUUCCGGAGGAGAGCCAUGAAUCAUUGAAGGUCCUCCAUUACCAUCUUGACAAACAAGAAGUUUCCUUUGUGGCUAUCACCAACCAUGUCUUGGAUGCUGCAAAAACCAACAGAGCUAUCAGUUUAUUCCGACCCGAGGCUUCCAAUGAUGACCUUCACACACUAGCUAAAGGAUGCUUCUGUUCAAAUCCAAGUAACCCUCCACCCGAGUUGGAAGUGGACCUCAAUCAAGUUGUCCAGUUGUGUUAUCCAUACUCUACUCUGAUGGAAGGUAAAGGGUUUGCACGAUUUUACGGACUUCGAGAUUUCAUCCAGUUUGUAAACUAUUUGCGUCGUAAACGAGAUGAUAGCCAAUCCAUCAGCCCUCAAAUAGUCAUGCAAGCUCUUGAGAGAAACUUCAAUGGCUCUGAAGAUUUUGACAAAAUAUCCGGGAAGUUUUUAGGAAGUAACUUGGCUAAAGUAAAACGUAGAGGUAUUUUGGAGAUCCUACAAGCCAGCUUGGCGGACAGACCACAAGAGAAGCAGGACUUGAGUGAGAACGAAGUGAGAUACAAACUUAUUAUCGACCCCUCUGAGGAUGACUCAUUAGUUCGUCUCCUUUUCACCUUCGGCAUUCUCAAAAGAGAUAAUACUCGAAUCUUUGUAUGCAGCAACUUCCCGGCCGAUGGACAGCUGCAGAAGAUUAACACGAUUGCCGCUAUUCGUCACUCGGCCAUUGAAGGUCACACUGUAGUCAUGAGUCAGACUGACGAUAUUCACGAGAGUUUCUAUGACCUAUUUAAUCAGAGAUUCCGAAGAAUUGAUGAUCUCAAUAAAGGCCCUCGCUAUUACACUAACAUUGCCAUUGGUGCCCAUCUCCGACCAUCCAGGGUUCAUCCCAACUUUCAGUGUGUGGUGGUGGUUAAGAAGUCUGAGGUAGUCAAUACCCCAGCCCCUUUUCUGAACCGAUUUGAGAAGUACCUCAUCACUCACGUAACGAUGCUGGAGACAGCUCUCAAUCUCAUGCCACCCAGUAUUGCAUCCAUCAUCAAAGCAGCCAUGGCGAAAGUCCAAGAGUUCAUAGAGCUUGUUUCCGGCUCAGACAGUCUGUACGGGUUGUGCCCGGACACACUCAACUCUCUCGUUCUUUCUCUCCUUCCUGCUGUUGAUCACACCUACCCUGAGAUUGGAGAGCUGAGUUUGGUGGACAAUUCUCGAGACAUACGCUUCUACAUCCUCCAAGAGAUUGUUCAGGCCCUCAGGGAGUGUACAGGACUCUUCGUACCCAAGUACACUGAAGAGGAUUUCAAACUGGACGUCGACGCCGUGUUUGAGCUCGUACUACAAGAUCCAAAGUUCAAAGGUCUCAUGCAGGACAUGACUCACGAUGCAGCUGCCCUGGCCAUCCCUGAGGCCAUAAAUGUGCUCCACAAAUCCGUAGCCCCUGAUCGAGGGGAGCACCUGGAUGUUACCCCCGAGGGCUGUCUAGUGAUUGCACUGCUACAGCAAUGGCUAGUCCGUUUCUUGACCAAGAGGCUCAUGCAGAUGAUGACUUCAGAGGCGCUCAUUUUGCACAGGAACAAACUUCCCUUCUCUUAUUUAAAGAACUACCUCAAUUUCCACACUCAUUUCAGCCUGUCUAACCUCGUGGAGAGCUACCAUCAAGCUGUGGAGUCCACUGGACAGGACCCAUCGACGUGCCGCAGUGCUACCAAGGUCCUCUGCUACACCCGCUCCUCCCCCCUCAUCCACCAGCUGCCAGCCGAGUUCCCCUGCCCAUCUCUCGGCAAUAAAAUGGAGACCAGAGCUCGUGAAGUACUCGAGAAAUUUAUCUUCUCAGAAACCAACAAACUUGUGAUGUACAAACUAUCGAGUAUUCUCUCUCAGACAACUAUCCAGGACUUUAUUAGGAACUUCUUAGACUCCGAAACAGCGGAGGUGUGCUUGCUCGUUGUGAACAUGCAUGAGACCACUAAAGAGAUUGUUAAUCACGUUCGUAUCAUGAUUGAAGAAGCCGAAACUCUAUCAACUAGACGGACGACCAAGAUGUUUGUGAUGCUACUUCACUUCCCACCUUCUCAGUUUUACCAGCCUUGCUAUCCCUCCCUGUUCCUGAAGGGAUGGGACCACUGUUACCUGGAUACCAUUGCUCACAGUACCGUACAAGGAGUCAUUAACAUUAGAGACUGGUUCUGGCAGUGCUGUUUCCCUAACCAACCCUCUCAACUGGAAGAAGACACUCUGCUGAAAGCACUACUUGGUAUCUUGCCACAGUCUAUAUCGGUACUAGCCGCACGUGUGUUCUUUGGCUCGAGGCAAAACGGCUCUUUCAAUUCCACAAUGAAUGGUCUAGAACGUUCUAAGGCUCUCAAUGAGCUCCUGUUAAAGAAGGGACAUGGCGGGAUAACGGUCGGUCAAGUCCUUUGUGAGAAGUUUCGAGCGUAUUGGAAGCCAAGUGUCAUGGCCGAACACCUGGAGAAGGCAGCCAUCUUCUCAAAAAACAGAGAAUCCACACUCAACAUAACUGAGUCAAUUCAGACAAGCUUCAAGAGUCUGUUUUUGGAUUUCCUCGUUUACAUGAUUUCAAGAAUCAACGAAAACUACAAUAUUGACAUCAUUUUUGACUUUGACUGCUCUGAAGCUGUUCAAGACGUCUUCCUGGAGGUUCUGAGAGUGUUCCCGACUCCGAAGCUCUCUAAAGUCUCUCUUCUCAGCAACAGCCUACCACAACUAAAGCCACUGGUUUACACACCAAAGUUUCCCUUCUUUCGAAUUGUAUGCAAUAUAAUGGAAAAGGUUGUUGAGCAGAGUAGGGAAGAGGCUAACGUGAAACUGGACAUACUCAGUGACAUAACUACACCCCCUGAAAGCUCCCUAGAUCGGGCUGUGAGGUCCAUCAUGACCCCUCAGGAUAUUCUGGGUACUCUACAGCAAGCCAUCUCCAACAGGAUUACUGAGAAAAUGGAGGGCUCCACAAGCAAGCAGGUACUGGGGCUUGUUGCCAGGGCCAUGUCUGGUGAUGUGGAGCUGUGGACCAGAUACUUCAACGACUUUGUCCUGCACAAGCUUCGACUCGACUCUGAAGACUCGGCAGGUGGCAUUGCUCAGCAGAUGCUGUACACGUUCAUGAGCCAGCUGCAUUCGUUGGAGGCUUUGGAGAGGAUUAUCAAUCUCCAUGCCUACCUCCAUGUGUACCAGCUGGACCUGGCCAAGUUGGCGUCCAUUCUCAGGCCUCUCAACAAACUGCAUAAGCUCCAUAAAGACACGCCCAGCAUACAGGCCAGCGUCCUCACACCCGUCACGCCAGUUUCCCCCUCACGCAAGCUUCUCUCCAUCGUCCAACAAAACCAACUCCCUUUUGGCUCACCAGAACACCUCGCUACGUUUGUGGUUACCACUCUCUUUGACGCUUUGGCCGGCUUCCUCUAUACCAAAGAGAAGUCACGAAUAGAUGUAAACGACAGCAUGAUGAUCUGGCACAAUGUGUACAGAGAUGUGAUGACCCUGCCCAACCUCAAGCAGUACAUCUACUCAGCACUGGGGGUGGGAGGCACAGAGAUAGGGGAGAUCGAGGGACGUCUCAAUAUCAUGCAGACCACUUUCCUCACGCUACAGAUCAGCCCAGACCUGAAUCAAGAUGAGAAGGCCGUAAUGAAUGGACAGGACGUCUUCAGGGCUCUGUUUACCAGGCACUUUGAUGAAAACGUGGAGAUGAAGACUCAAUGCCCACGGUUACGUGCAGUGGUGCAUGUGCCCUUAGAGGUGACAUCUCCAACGGGCAUGUCCCUGAACUUUAACUCUAUGCCAAGUCGGAGUGAUGCCUCACGAGUCCUCCUCGAGGGUCUGUUUGCUCAUUUCUUCUCCCCCGAGAGAGGGCAUUAUCACUCGGACGAUAUCCGUUGGUUCCUGGAACUGGCCAAUUGUCAGAAGGAGUGGGGGAGUGGUCAACUCGAGGAGAGGUGUGGUGUUCUAUCAGCUGACUUGUCUGACGACCUUGUGACACAGCUGGAACAGAGCUUUAUGCCUGGCCUCACUGAUAUUCCUGAUGGCGUAACGAGCAUGAACAUAUUCAAGCUGUACCUGGGCCAGAUUCUUGGACAGUGUGACUCUCGCUCAGACAGUACAACUGACAGUGGCCCCCUACAGCUGUAUUACCAGCACCCCCGCAGUGAGAUAGGAGCUGUGCUCACCAGUCGCCCUGAGCUGGGGCCUCCGGGACCAUUCAUACCAAAGUUUUAUAAAGAGUGCACCUUCAUCAAUGUUAAGUCAAGCACUGAGAACCCCUGCAUGCAGCAGCCACUGGCCCACCUCUAUUUCCUCACUGUGCUGGAGCACCUGAUGAGCAAGCCAUACAAACUGUCAGGGCUUGUUCGAAUGGCCACGAGUAUAAACACUCUUUGCAUCUCCCAACCUACCAGUGAUGCAUCCAAGGCCGUGCUCUACAUAGAGCUACAGGCUGUCACACAAGUCAUAGCCCAGCAGCUGGCAUUGCACCUUGACCCCUCUGAGUCAACGAAGCUUGGUGAAGUUGUGAAUAUCAUCAAGGAGCUAAACCAGUUGAUGGAUGACGAUAUCACGGGAGGUGGUCCUGAGGGGGGUCAUGGGAUGGUGGUCGCACUACACCUGUUCAAACUGCUUAAGAGCUCCCGGAAAUUCACAGACCUCUUUAAGAAGAAGUAUGACAGUGUCCUUAAGGGGAUCAAUUGCCUGGAGCCAUUCUAUUGGCAGCUGCAGGCUUCCUCCGUGUCAUAUGCUCAUUACUUGCCAUUCAUGAUGCCAAGCGCUGAUGGAGAGAUGGCAACCAUAUUUAAUCAGGUUCUCAAGAUCAUGGCGUCUAUUCACAAGAGUGGGAAUAUUGAAGCCCUGAAAAACUUGGCUACUGAAUGUGCCCACUCAUCAAAGAGGAGUCCCAAAGUGCCAGCUGCCCAGCACACUGAUAAGAGGAAUACCUUCAGAAUGAUGGUGUGGCUGGUAGCCUACUACGAGUACUACUGCAAAAAGAUCCCUUCUAAUACCCUGUGCAAUGCCGUGGGUCAUCAAGACUUGGCUCCCUAUCUGAAGGAGGAGGGAUAUGUUCGAAUGAUUCAAUGCUUUCUCCUGCCAGAUCUAAUGAUUCAACGAAAGGAGGCACCAAACGCCCUCGGAGAAGAUGAGGUCGUUAUUGAGCUGACCCCUGACGGGACACAUCGACCAAUCAGACGAAGGGGCAAUGAGAUGGAUCCAGUUUAUGAACUGUUUGUGCCCAGUCACCCGGAACAACAAGACCAAUCAGAUGUUGACUUGCGUCACACUCUGGCCAAUAUGGUUGCCGUGGUAAUUGGCAGUCCUACCCGAAGCAACCACCUGUGGUUCCACAUGUUUGCUCCGGAGCAGCUGGUCAACACCUACAUGACUGGAUUCAUGUACAACUCCAAGAUCAGCCCUGAGGGCCUACUCUACGACUGUGGUGUGGAGCUUACUGCACAGGGAGAGUUUGGGCGUUCAGACUACACCAAACAUGCCACUCGAGGCACAUACACUCUCCACUCCCUCUACCUCCUUCUCUUAACCAACUUUGGAGCCUUCACCAUGUCACUAUUGACUCUCCCGGACGCAGAUGCCAGGAUACAUGGGCCACUGAUCUCAGACUGGCAGUCUGUACGCCACUACUGUGUGUCACAACUGAGGACUGUGUGGCAGCACUUGAGGAACAAUCUGGGGCUCUCUGAGGAGGAGAGGACAUUCUUUGUGAAUCGAUGUCUCAAGACCUUCCAUGAGGUGGUCAAUGGACCUCGUGAGCCGCUCGUCUCCCCCCAGCAGUUAGAGUCGGGUGAGCUGGUGAAGGACUCAGUGAAGGGGCUGUUUGUUAGUAGAGAAGAGCUUGAUGAUUACGAGAGGCUCUGGCACUGUCAUGUGUACCAACCAACAUGGAACCAGCUGCAAGACAAAUUUGCCGUUUACUCCAAACUCUGCCAAAACAUUCUCUUUGCUAAGUUGAGGUGUCUGGACAUCCACUACCCACACUUCCCGUCGGAGGCUGACUUCGUGCACCGAAUCGUUAGCUAUGGAGAGUUGGAGCAGCACUCGGAGGGUGGAGACUUGAGGGGGCUCUCAGAGUUUGCCCAGGGCUGGCGGGGGUUACAGGCAGGAGGACUGCUACUCCCUGACCUGGUCGAGUUCUACCGAUGGCUACAUACUGAGCUGUCCCACUUAGUGACGUACGAACGGACUACCACUGUAACCAUUCACAGAGUUGUGCAGCUGGCCGCCAAGAGGUACGGCUCACCAAUGGGUGAAUACAUUGUCGCCCUAUACGACAGAGUCAAGACAGGGUACAACGAUUACGUGGAUCUGAUCGGAGGUGCCAUUGGAGCCGGGGCGUGUGCGGCGCUUAAACAGGGGAAUAAAAUAUACACGAUCGCUGAUGACGUACCCCUCCUCCACUUCCUCACUGAUGUGGAGGAAGAAGAGCAAGGAAAUGAUUGGUUGUUCACGGUGAUAGCAGACAUUGUGAACACUCACAACCAAGCCAUUGAAAACCUCUACAACAUUGUCCACUCUCAGAAACAGCUGCAUCUUACGAGACUCCUCCCAGAGCAGCCGGCCAAGAUUCUCCCCACUGAGGUCACUGAGAAGAACUGCAUCGUCGGCACUUUCACAAGCCUACAUGGAGUGAGCAACUUCCUUCAGAUCAUUCGUAGUCGCUACGAGCCACCAAAAUUCAAGUCCUCUGACAAGAUCACACAGGGUCCAAGCAUGUCCUUUGCUCCCAUACAAACCAAGGACGAGCCUGAGUUCCAACUGAAGCACCUCGAGGAGGACUUAGUGAGACUGUUCAACGCAGGCAAGCCACUGAUUGAGUCACCUUCCUCCAUACGCACUCUGUUCAAGUUCAAGCAGAGCAUCAGUCCGGACGUCACCGUUCCUGAUGAUGUGAUUCGAGCCACCCUAGACUUGGAGGAGAUUGGUUACCGACUACCGGACGAGUACAAGGAGCCUCUCUCUGCCAACCUGAACAAGCGGUUGGAGUACGAGUUUCACUCUUGUGGUUACAACAACCUCAUUGAAAUCAUUACUGCUCUCAGGACAGUCUGUGGACACCUGGUCAAGGUCAUCAUGGAGGAUGCUCACCUGAUGAACGAAGAUGAAGAAGACCUGAACACACUCACUCUACCCCGAUUCAUGAUGGACUACGUCUACGAGCACCUUAGCGACCCACAGAGAGUGCUCCACGAGAUCGGCAUAACUCCACACUCCCUCAAACACUCCCAACUAACAUGCCUCAUCGAUAUCCCGCUACCCCAUGUGUUUGCUUGCUUCCAACGCUUUGUGCAGUGGAUGGAUAAUGGCGUGUACGAUUUCUGUAAUCUACCUCUGGCUAUAAAAGUGCAUCUCUAUGAAGAAGACGUGAUGUUUUUCGAAUUGGAACUGAGAGAGAAGUGGGCAGGAACUAGUAAAGAGCUAGAGUCGGAGGUGAAGCAGAUGAUUGAGGUACUCAAACACUCUGAGAAUGACAUCACAAGAACUGUGAAUAAGCAAGCUACAAGAGUGUCCAUCAUUAAGUACUUUAAGAACUUUCUUCUCAUUGAUGAAGAAGACAAGCUUCCCCCCCUCAUCCCAGAAACAGUGAUUCUUCAACACUACGUCCACUUCAGACUCGCACUAAGAAGGUUGUUGAUCAUGUUGCGAGCUGAGCUAGCGACAGGUGCAGACGCUCAGGCCCAAGGCAACCACUGGUCAGAGUUUGUGGCAGACCUUUGGAAUGCACAUCUGCCUCAUCUCAGAGAAGAAACAUACGGAGAUGGAGAAUUUGUGUUCGAUCCUUCUACGAAUCGCUACGGCUUUGAGGACCAAUCAGACUAUCCUAGUGACGAUGAGCUAUUCAUGCAAGACCUGGAGAAUGAUGGAUAUGAUGAGGUGGUGGUGGAAGGAUUCGGUAUUGACCUGGCGGAGGGAGAGUCUUUUGUAGAGGUGGAUGGCAGUGUCAGUCAAUCGCAGGUGACCCACUCGUACGAUCUGGCUCAGUCGACUGAUGAAGAGGAGGAGUCGGAUGUUGAAGAUGUGAUACUGUCCUCACAACCCAACGAGGAGGACCUGGCAUUGAAAUCAAGAUUCCAAGAAGACCCUGACUUCCAGAAGAAGAUAAUGUCCAUGGCACAGAGCAUCAUCAUGAAGAAAGAUAACGAAGAGUUAGCCCCCAAGGCCAGGACCUACACACCUGAAGAUGUUGGAGACUUCCUUACAAGCAUUAAGCUAGACAAGUACCGACAAGCGUUUGUUGAAGCUGAGGUUGGAGGGGACGUCUUGUUGGAUGCUGAUUGCGAAUUCCUGAAUGAACUCGGAGUCAACUCUCUUCUUGAUUGUGUUCGUAUCAUGACUCUAUUUCCACGGCGACUACAGGACACUGAGCCACGCCUCCCUGUCUCCGAAGUACUGAGGUUCUUAAAAGAAAAUAAAUUUGAAAAGUAUGUUGAGCUUUUCGAGAAAAAUGAGAUUGAUGGCGAUAUGAUGAUGGAUACAGAACAGGGACUGAUGAAGAAUGUGUUGAAGGAGAUUGGAAUAGUUGUGGUGGACAGAUUCAAGAUUAUGAGCAAGUUUAAAACUUUUGCUAGUAGUGAACUAUAAGCAAACUUUCCUAUAAUGAGCUGCACUAAUUAAGAAUUUUCUAUUGAUUUGGAUGUUUACAGAACAAUUGUUCUUAAGUAUAAUUAUUAUUAUAGUAUAAUUAUAUAUAGUAGUCUAUAACUUCGACAACAUCUGAUUAGGGACAUAA